GAGGGAAGUCGUGUCUCCUCGAAGACCAAAGAGGCGAUUGUCUUAAAAAAAAAGAAAAAAGUGAUUGGGGAAGUAUUAUUCUUCUGAACAGAGGCCAUUAUCUGUGCCUCCCUGCUUCCAGCUGCUGAAGAUGCCUCUACCCGCAGCACUGCUGGCCCGCUUGGCCAAGAGAGGGAUUGUCAAACCGUCAGACCAAGAGGUGGAUGAGGAGAUUAUUGCUGAAGAUUACGAUGACAACAACGUGGAUUAUGAAGCUACGAGGGUGGAGAGUCUUCCACCAAACUGGUACAAAGUGUUUGACCCAGCUUGUGGUCUUCCUUAUUACUGGAAUGUGGAGACAGAUAUGGUGGCCUGGUUGUCUCCAAACGACCCAACUGCAGUAGUCACAAAACCUGCCAAGAAAAUUAGAGUUGAGGGAGGAGAUGAGAGAAUUGAGCGAAUUGAGCGAAUUGAGAGGCCGUUUGAGAAGCUAGAGAGAGAGCGGGAGCGGGAACGAGAAAAAGAACGGGAGAGGGAACGGGAGAGAGAGCGAGAGAGGGACGAAGGGAGAGACAGAGACAGAAGAAAGCCGAGGAGAGAGGACGCAGCUCCGUACAGUAAGAACAAAAGAGGGAGAAAAGAUGAUGAGAUGGACCCCAUGGAUCCAAGUGCUUAUUCUGAUGCCCCAAGGGGCUCGUGGUCGACUGGCCUGCCCAAGCGUAAUGAAGCGAAGACGGGUGCAGACACCACAGCGGCGGGGCCCCUGUUCCAGCAGCGGCCCUAUCCCAGUCCGGGGGCCGUGCUUCGGGCUAAUGCUGCUAACCAAAUACCCAAGGAGUAAGACAAGCUCCCCGGAAACAACUAACAAGGACGUUGUACAGUUUGUCUUCCCUUUGCCUCCUAAGUUUUCUUUUUCAUUCUGAAACGUGUGUAAAAUGAUAUUGGGUGCUGAGCUUUUACACCACCAGUGCUUUCAUUCUCUUUUCCAACAUGUAGAACUGUUGUAAAUAUGUUUUUAUAUGACCUAAAGCUCCACCACCUUGUUGUUACUAAACCCUGUAGUGGACUUUAUUUGCUAAUAAAUUGAAAGAUUACUGUGAUAAUGACUCAUUGCAGCUU